CGUUUACAUUAUGAUUUUCUUUUGAAGCAGUGAUUUAUGGUGUUCAGUAGCUUUUUGUUUUUCCAAUAGUACACACACAACGAAAUUACCAGCAGUUGGACCUCACUUACUUUGUCAAAUUGCCAACUACAUCUUCUCCCAACCAAUUCUUGAUAACAAAAGGCGCUAUAUUAUUUGCUCAUCUUUCAUUUCAAAACUCCCCUGCUGCCUGACCGAGCCACCAACAUCCAUUAACGAUGAUCUUACUGCACUUCCUUCUCUUCUUUGUUCUCUAUAUCCUCACCAAUCAUUUCUUCAACAAGAUCAGAAAUCACCCACCAAGCCCGUUUCCAACUCUCCCACUGCUAGGUCAUCUCCACCUUCUUAAAAAACCUCUCCAUCGCUCCCUUUCCACCUUAUCCAACCGCUACGGCCCCGUCCUUCUCCUCCAAUUCGGUUACCGCCGCGUUCUUGUAGUCUCCUCCCCGUCCGCCGCCGAAGAGUGUCUCACAAAAUGCGACACGGUUUUCGCCAACCGUCCCCGCCUUCUUGCCGGAAAACACAUAGGUUACAACUACACCAGUCUCGCUUGGGCACCCUAUGGUGACCUCUGGCGUAACCUACGUAAAGUGUCGGCUCUUGAAAUCCUAUCAUCUCAUCGUCUACAGCUGUUGUCUAGCAUUCGUCGUGAUGAGGUUAAGUUGCUGAUUCAGCGUUUGUUUAGAAAUAAUAAAGAUUGUCGCGAGAAGGUUGAUAUGAAAUCAGCUUUCUUCGAGCUUAUGUUAAACGUGAUGAUGAGGAUGAUAGCUGGGAAGAGGUAUUAUGGUGAGAAUGUGGAACAAGUGGAGGAGGCAAAAAGGUUUCGGGAGAUUGUGAGAGAGACGUUCUUAGCGGCGGGGACAUCUAAUAUGGGGGACUUUCUGCCGUUGGUUGCGGUGGUCGGAGGUCAAGAGAAGAGGCUUAAGGAAUUGGGCAAAAGGAGAGAUGGCUUUAUUCAAGAUCUGAUCGAUGAACACAGAAAAAGAAUGGCUGCUUGUUCGUCUGAAGAGAGAAACAAGACAAUGAUUGAGGUGUUGCUGUCGCUUCAAGAAUCGGAACCUGAGUACUACACGGAUGAAACUAUCAAAAGUCUUAUGCUGGUCCUACUGGCAGCAGGAACUGAUACUUCAGCAGCAACCAUGGAAUGGGCAAUGUCACUUCUAGUAAACAAUCCUGAAGCUUUAAAGAAAGCACAGACUGAAAUCGAUAGUGUCAUUGGACAUGAUCGCCUAAUCAACGAAUCCGAUACAUCGAAGCUUCCCUAUCUUAACUGCAUCAUAAAUGAAGUAAUGAGAAUGUACCCAGCAGGUCCAUUGCUGGUUCCUCACGAGUCAUCGGAGGAGUGUUUUAUAGGAGGCUAUCGCGUACCUGCCGGAACAAUGUUGCUAGUGAACCUGUGGAGCAUACAGAAUGAUCCUCGAGUUUGGGAGGAACCAAGAAACUUUAAGCCGGAAAGGUUUGAAGGGUGUGAAGGAGUGAGAGAUGGGUUCAGGUUGAUGCCUUUUGGGUCAGGAAGGAGGAGCUGUCCUGGAGAAGGCUUGGCCUUGCGCAUGGUUGGUUUGGGGAUAGGUACAUUACUUCAGUGCUUUGACUGGGAGAGGGUUGGCAAGGAAAUGAUAGACAUGACUGAAGGUGUUGGACUCACCAUGCCCAAGGCUCAACCCUUGGUUGUUCAGUGUAGCCCACGUCCAUCUAUGGUGAACCUGCUUUCUCAACUAUGAAUUAAUUUGUUACACCAGUGCAGUAUUAUGGCCUACAAACAUUCCUAUAUAUAUAUAUACAUCUCUAAUAUCAAUAUGAAAAACAACAAAAAAAUCUUCCCUAAUGCACGCCCUUCUUAUGUCA